GCGGCGGCGGCGGCUGCGACGGGGGAGACGGCUGCCCAAGUGGGAGAGGCGGCGGCGGACGAGGAGGAGGGGGAAGCCGCGGCGGCGGCGAAGGGCUCCAGACCCAGUUCCUGGACCUGCCCUGGAAAAGAAGUAUCCAGUAGAGAUGAGCUCACCGCAGUUACUUAGUUAAACAUUUGUAAGCUGCAAAUGAGCCAACCAAGGACAGCUACAGUUUGAAUUUUUCUAUUUCCAGAAAAUGCUUGGCCAGAAGAGAGGAGUACUAAUUCCACUCAGGCCUAGAAUUGCCUAUUGAGAUAGUCCUGAGCAGGCGACAUACGAAUGGCCCAAGGAAGCCACCAAAUUGAUUUUCAGGUUUUACAUGACCUGCGACAAAAAUUCCCUGAAGUGCCUGAAGUUGUUGUAUCCAGGUGCAUGCUACAGAACAAUAAUAACCUGGAUGCCUGCUGUGCUGUUCUCUCUCAGGAGAGUACAAGGUAUCUUUAUGGUGAAGGAGACCUGAAUUUUUCAGAUGAGUCUGGAAUUUCUGGUCUACGCAAUCACAUGACUUCUCUCAACUUGGACUUGCAGUCACAGAAUGUGUACCACCAUGGAAGAGAAGGAAGCAGAGUGAAUGGAAGUAGGGCUUUAACACACAGCGUUAGUGAUGGACAGCUUCAAGGUGGGCAGUCCAACAACGAACUGUUUCAGCAGGAGCCACAGACAGCACCAGCUCAAGUUCCUCAAGGCUUUAAUGUUUUUGGAAUGCCCAGUACACCUGGCGCUUCAAAUUCAACCCCACAUCUUGGAUUUCACCUAGGCAGCAAAGGGACAUCAAACCUCUCUCAGCAAACUCCAAGGUUCAAUCCUAUUAUGGUGACUUUAGCCCCAAACAUACAGACUGGCCGUAGUGCUCCUACAUCUUUGCACAUACAUGGUGUACCUCCGCCUGUGCUUAACAGUCCACAGGGAAAUUCUAUCUAUAUUAGGCCUUAUAUUACAACUCCUAGUGGUACAGCUCGGCAGACACAACAGCAUUCUGGCUGGGUAUCUCAGUUUAAUCCCAUGAACCCUCAGCAAACCUAUCAACCUUCCCAGCCUGGUCCUUGGACUACUUACCCUGCGUCCAAUCCUUUGCCACAUACCUCAACCCAACAGCCGAAUCAGCAGGGCCACCAGACCUCUCAUGUCUACAUGCCUAUCAGUUCGCCAACUACUCCACAACCGCCAACAGUCCAUUCGUCUGGUAGCUCUCAGUCUUCUGCUCAUGGCCAAUAUAACAUUCAGAAUAUUUCAACAGGACCUCGAAAAAACCAGAUAGAAAUCAAACUUGAACCCCCACAAAGAAACAGUUCUUCGAAAUUACGUUCUUCUGGACCUCGAACUGCCAGCACUUCCUCGUUGGUCAACAGCCAGACCUUAAAUAGAAAUCAGCCCACUGUUUACAUAGCUGCCAGUCCUCCAAGUACUGAUGAGAUGAUCUCACGUAGUCAACCCAAGGUCUAUAUUUCAGCCAAUGCCACCACAGGAGAUGAGCAGGGCAUGCGGAAUCAACCUACACUCUUCAUAUCCACCAACUCGGGGGCAUCUGCAGCCUCCAGGAACAUGUCUGGCCAAGUGAGCAUGGGCCCUGCCUUUAUCCAUCACCACCCUCCCAAAAGCCGAGUACUAGGUGGGAACUCUGCAACAUCUCCUCGAGUGGUGGUCACUCAGCCCAACACAAAGUAUACUUUCAAAAUUACAGUUUCUCCCAAUAAGCCCCCUGCAGUUUCCCCAGGGGUGGUCUCCCCUACCUUUGAACUUACAAAUCUUCUAAAUCAUCCUGACCAUUAUGUAGAAACAGAGAAUAUCCAACACCUUACGGACCCCACUUUAGCACAUGUGGAUAGAAUAAGCGAAGCGCGGAAACUGAGUAUGGGAUCUGAUGAUGCUGCCUACACGCAAGCUCUGCUGGUGCACCAGAAGGCCAGGAUGGAACGGCUUCAAAGAGAGCUCGAGAUGCAGAAGAAAAAGCUGGAUAAACUCAAAUCUGAGGUCAAUGAGAUGGAAAAUAAUCUAACUCGAAGGCGCCUGAAGAGAUCAAAUUCCAUAUCCCAAAUACCUUCACUCGAAGAAAUGCAGCAGUUAAGAAGUUGUAAUAGACAACUCCAGAUUGACAUUGACUGCUUAACCAAAGAAAUUGAUCUUUUUCAAGCCCGAGGACCACAUUUUAACCCCAGCGCUAUUCAUAACUUUUAUGACAAUAUUGGAUUUGUAGGCCCUGUGCCACCAAAACCCAAAGAUCAAAAGUCCACCAUCAAAGCACCAAAGACUCAAGACACAGAGGAUGAGGAGGGGGCUCAGUGGAAUUGCACUGCCUGUACUUUUUUGAAUCACCCGGCCUUAAUCCGCUGUGAACAGUGUGAGAUGCCUCGGCAUUUCUGAGCCAAAGGCCCCUGUGUCCUCUAAAACCACAUCUAAGUUCAAAAAGGUUGCCUGCCAUCGAGGAAGUGUUCACUGCCACACAGGAGUUGGUCCAGUUGAAGGUGUGAUGAGUCAGUCAUGUCUGUGUUCAGUGUCAGCCCAGAGCUAACGAUACCUCAGUCUAACGUCAUGGGCGGUGGAAACUCGUCACGUGAAAGCUCACCUGAGACUGGACUGCCUGACCAUGUACAGUGUCACCGUGUCCCACCGCGGACCAUUCUCACUCUCUCAGUGCCUUGGUGUUCCCAGGACUUCUCCCUCGUGUCACUACUGAUUUUGACAGGAGGAAGGAAUAGAAUGAGAGCUUUUUUGUGUUUUUAAAGCUUUUGGUGAAACACUACACACAAAGAGAAGGAACAAGGUUCAACUAUUUAAACUCUGCUGCCACAUAGUGCCAGUGGAUAUGGGAAACUUCACAAUCUGUGGUACUUUUGGCCUUGUCUUUUGUCUUCUCUGAAGACGCCUCUGUGAAGCCAGCAUCUAGGGUCUAAUGAUGAAAAGGAAAGCACUGUGCAUUGUCUGUACAACCCGCAGUGAGCUCCCCGCCUUUCCUACUGUACAGAGCUCCCGCCUGCUUUAAGUGGUUCCUCAUUAUUUUCUUAUAUCUCUCCAUGUAUAGUAUAAUAGACUUUUGUUAACUAAUGUUCUUUCCCCUUUAGGAAGCACGAUCAUGUUCCUUUUUAAGCCUUACCUGAGAAAAGCAAUGCCAUAAGGUCUUUUUUAAGCAUUAAUGAAGUGAAACUAUGCACAAAAUAACUUCCUCUCCUCUUGCCCUUUGUCCCCUUGGGUGCCGACGCUCUGAGAAGACACGCAGGGGCUGCGUGUGAGUGCAGGAGCGCUGCAGGCAUGUGGGUAGGUCACGCUGUACACUGACUUGAGCAGUGGGUGGCUAAACGUGUCAUUUU